CAUUAUUCAACAAUCAGUUCAACAACGUUAAACCAAAAUUUUCUUUAUUCGUGUUUGUGUCUUGUUCUUUGUUCUUUUCGCUUUUUUUUUUCCUUUUGUUAACAAUGUCUUACUUGAUAAAGAAAGUGGAAAAUCUUGAAAUUCAAUAUAAUCGUGCAUCAUCCAAUACAGAUUAUGAAUCAAUCUUAGAAAGAUCAUUUUUGAUGCGAACUUCAAUAAACAAAUCUCGUUGUGCGAAUAAAGACGAAUUAUUAUUCAAAAUAAAGUCCUUGAUAGACAAUUCCAUCAAAUCAAUCAAUCAAAUGAGUACCACAACCACAACCUCGACCACAACUAGAAGAAUUAGUGAUGACUGUCAAAUUCCGAUUGUCAAUGUGCAAUUCGAAGACUCAUCAAAUACAUUAUCACAACCAAUCAAUGACGAAAGCCUAGACUGGAAGUCUGUUCAACUAAUCGAACCUUUCAAGGGAAAUUUUCAAGACUUUCCCAGGUUCAUUACCAUAUUCGAAGAGUUGGUAGAUAGAACCAACGCCAAAAUGGCUAAAAAAUGGCUAAUUUUGCUCAAACUUCUAGAUCCAAAAUCACGUGAAUUGCUUUCUGGCAAUUCCAAAGAUGAUUACACUCAAUCGUUGAGCAUUUUAAAAGAACGUUUUUCAAAUCCUUUUGCCAUUCGGGAGUUUCACAUUAAACGUAUUAAAGAUCUUAAGCGUACGAUAUUUGAAAGUGACAUCGAUCAAUUACGCACAAACAUCAGUGUAAUUAAAGAUAGCUAUAGUUCGCUAUCAAAAGAUCCUUUCAACGCGGGAUUCCUCGAUUAUGAGUUCACUCAUGCUGUUGCCGAUAAAAUUCCCUUGUCUUUUAUAAGAUCGGCGACCAUCUUGUCCAGCAAUAACAUAUUAAAUGCAAAAGAAUUGAUCGAAUUUUUAUCAAAUAGAAUGAUAAAGCUGGAACAAGAACGUUUUUUAACAAAAAAUAGAGAACCAACAUAUCAUUCACCUCAAUCAACGGUUCCUAAUCAAAGAUUUUCAACAAAUACCUUCAACAAUCGUUUCCGCCCGUAUCCACCGCUUCACGUAUCUAAUAAUCCAUCAAAUUAUGUCUACCGAAAUCCAAAUUACCGACAAACCACCACGAAUAUGAAUGGUUUGAGAUCUGGGGUACCAACACGAAGUACACAGAAUCCCGAACCAGUUGUUUCACAUAUCGAGGAAUUCAACAGUUGACUAGAGACCCAAAAUGGGAAACUAAUCUACAUUGAAAUUAAUAUCAACGAUAAAAGUUAUGAAGCAUUGUAUGAUACGGGGGCACAAGUAAGCGUUAUUGGGGAUG